AAAGGAAGAAGAAAAAAACAGACAAUCGCUUUUAGUUUAGCGUCACACACAUAUACACUCUCUCACGCACACAUACAAACACAUACACACUCACACACAUGCACCCACACUUAUUAGAUAACGACUGGAGCGAGAGCAGAAUACGUUUUUAAGCUCCAAGAUAAGGCGCACGGCGUGGAGCACCUCUGUACCUCGCGGGGGGCUCGAGGAGGCCAUGGAUCAUAUUGGAGCGCAUCUCCAGCACACUCACGCCGAGCCCAUCAGCUUUGGGAUCGACCACAUCCUCAACAAUGUGGAUCAGAGCUGGAUGCCCGAGUCGGACUAUGGACUCGGCUGCGUUGUCAGCACUGCCUACAACACCAUGACGGGUAACUUCACCGGCAAUAACUCUGGAUAUAACAGCAACGCAUAUGGGGUAGCCAAUCUGAGCGGCACCUAUAACAUGAACAUGGGGAUGAACGUCAGUGGGAAUAACGUUAACGCGGCUGGAGUCAUCCGUGUGCCCGCGCACCGGCCUCUGAACAGUGGACACUCGUCCAUCCCCGGUGGUAUGUCCACGAUACCAGGCUCAAUUAACAACCUGACGGGAUUUACCUUCCCCUGGAUGGAGAGCAACAGAAGAUACACCAAAGACAGGUUCACAGUGGCGCUUUCACCACUCACUGUAACACGCCGUGUAGGUCACCCGUACCAGAACCGAACGCCCCCAAAAAAGAAAAAGCCCCGGACGUCUUUUACCCGCCUGCAGAUCUGCGAGCUGGAGAAACGCUUUCACCGACAGAAGUACCUGGCUUCCGCAGAGCGAGCGGCUUUGGCUAAGGCCCUCAAGAUGACUGAUGCGCAAGUCAAAACAUGGUUCCAGAACAGAAGAACAAAAUGGAGGCGCCAGACAGCGGAGGAGAGAGAAGCAGAGCGACAGCAAGCCAACCGGAUCCUCAUGCAACUCCAACAGGAGGCUUUUCAGAAAACGAUAAAUCAACCGGCAAACCCGGACCCGCUCUGCCUGCAUAACAGCUCCCUGUUUGCGCUUCAGAACCUCCAGCCGUGGACUGAAAACACCGCCAAAAUCAGCAACGUGUCCGCCUGCGAAUAACAAACUCGGACCGCUUUUAUUUUCCCUCUUUAAAGUGAUUGUAGUAAUAUAGUGAACAACUUUUUAAGAUCAUGAAGAGGACUUUAAAAAAUAUGACUCACGACGACCGGAUUGAUCUGACACUGCCUCGAAAAAAGUUUAGGUUGAUAGUGUCAGUGAACUUAAGCCACGACACGCGCUCAAUAGCAACGGGCUUUUGAGUUUCAGCUUAUCUGCCUGUUUUUACGUGAUUUAAUUUCAGACGUUUUUAUUUAACAUUUUCAGUAAAACAUAAUCCAGUCCUAAUUAUGGACUAAGCAUAUAGAUAUACCUUGAUAUAAGUCAAUAAUAAGUGAGCACUUAUUUUAGCACUUUCUCUAACAGGAAAACGUAUAGAUAUUCAUACCUGAUCCUUUUAGGAACAGGCCUAAUUCAAGAAAAAUGUAUCGAUUCGGUGGCAUACAUUCAGUAGCCUAUCUGUGUCUCAUAACAAUGUUCAUAUUGAUAACAAUGGUUAUAAAUUAGGUUUUAGCAGUUGACUAGACGCAACCCCUUUCUCUCUGUGCAGGGAAGAAGCAGUGACAAUAUUUGACAAUUUACCAUCUCAUCAAGUUUCUCGCUUAUAAAUGAGUAAUUAUCUUUUACCUUUUACCACAUCACUCAAGCACUUAUUCAUUUGGAUGAAACUUUAUUGCAGUCUGGUAUUUACCUGGUAUUUGCUUAGAAAUGAGUUAUCUAAAUAUUUUACUAAUUAAUUAUCCAAUAUUAGUUAUUGUUUUUAUCUUUCAAACAAGCACGAUGGUAUAAAUAUUAAUAUUGCCUUGAGUUUGUUGAAGUAUUUUUUUUUGGUAGGUAGCCUAUCCAUUGUUACUAUUAGCCUAUAAUUUCUUAAUAAAAACCAGGUAAACAGCUGAAUUAUGCCUGUAAAAUAAGGUGUUAUUUGUUCAAUUUUCUUGUACUUUAGGCUAUAGUCCUCUAAUAAUUUCAGUUCUGGUGAUCCAUUUAUACAUAUGAUGACAGGCAAGAAUUAUAAAGGCCAUAUAAAAUCUUUUAAAAUUAUUAA